AUGAACCCUUUAACGAAAGUGAAGCUGAUAAAUGAGCUGAAUGAGCGAGAGGUCCAGCUUGGGGUGGCGGAGAAGGUGUCCUGGCAUUCCGAGUACAAAGACAGCGCCUGGAUCUUCCUGGGAGGACUUCCCUAUGAACUUACUGAAGGAGAUAUCAUCUGUGUAUUCUCACAAUAUGGGGAGAUCGUUAACAUUAAUCUGGUGCGGGAUAAGAAGACUGGGAAAUCCAAAGGAUUCUGUUUCCUCUGCUAUGAAGACCAGAGGAGCACAAUUCUGGCUGUUGACAAUUUUAACGGAAUAAAAAUUAAAGGAAGAACUAUCCGAGUGGAUCAUGUGUCUAACUAUCGGACUCCUAAGGAAUCAGAAGAAAUGGAUAGUGUGACCAGAGAGCUCCAGGAGAAGGGCUGUGGGGCUCACACCCCCUCAUCAAAUUCAUCUGAGGGCUCUGAAGAGGACAGACCCACCAAAAAGCACAAAAAAGACAAAAAGGAAAAAAAGAAAAGAAAGAAAGACAAAGACAAGACUGAUCAGGAGGAACUGGCAGAGCAGCCAGCCUCCUCUUCAGCUCCUAGAAGCAAGAUGAUAAAGGAAAAGGAUGACCCUGGCUCUAAAAAGCACAGCAGCAAGAACUCAGAGAGGGGUCAGAAGCCAGAGUCUAGGGAGGUGCGAAAGCACCGCCCCAGUUCCCCUGAGGUCAAGACAGCAUGCCACGGGAGAGCAGAGGACCAUGAGCGGGAGCUGAAGAGGGAGAAGUCCAAGCACGAGCACAAGUCCUCAAGCAGGAGGGAAGAAAGAGAAGAAAAAAACAGGGACAGAGGUCGAAGCUCAGACACACAUGAGGGGCAUGCUGAGGGACAUGGCCGAAGAAGUAGAAGUAGGAGCCGAGAUAAAUCCCAUAGGCCUAAAAAGACCCGGCAUUCUCCGAGACCUUGA